AUGGGCAGUAGAUGUUGUAAAUCCAAUCCAGAUAAAGAUGCACCAGAGAAAGAGGAUCCGAAGAAGUUGCUUCUUGCAAAACUAUGCCAGAGGAAAAGGGUCCAGGCAGCUGGGCAGAUCCAGGCCUGGUGGCGUGGCACCCUGGUGCGUCGGAUCCUGCUGGUCGCUGCUCUCAGGGCCUGGACGAUUCAGUGCUGGUGGAAGACUGUCAGGCAGAGGCGGAUACAAAAGAUGAGGCAGACCCUGUUGAGGAUCUACAUAACCCAGGAGCAGUCGGCGGUCAGGCUCCAGUCCUGGUUUCGCAUGGUGCAGUGCCAUCAAAGUUACGAUCAAAUAUGCAAUACUCUCUGUGUGUUCCAGGCCCCAAUGAGCAGCCCUACCUUCCAGGCCGAUGACUUUUUACACGUCCAAUACGGAGUUGCUUCCAAGCAGCCAGAGUUCCACAUUGAGAUCCUAUUAGUCUGA